UAAAAGCGACCAACGUCAAGGAGAGGAUAGCAUUCUUGGAACAGAUUGACCGGCGAACGCCCGCACGCGUCUCAACAGACGAUUAGACACGUGCGCACGUGUCCGUGAUUAGUAGCCUGAUUGAUUUCAGAGGUAGAGCGGGAUAUCUUCGAGAGAACGUAAUUUCGUAAUAAGGACUUUGGAUUACAAUUCAUACUUCAAGAUACAGCAAAGCUGUCUCCAUGGGGCUGCUGUCGACCUCUGAGAUCCCCUACGGGAGUAAGCUAGGACCCAUACCCCCUGCUAUGACCCUGACAGACCCGGCAUAUCUUAUAGGCCAUAUGACACAGGACAAAUAUCCCGAUGUUCCAAUAACAAAGAUCGACAAAGACACGUUAUAUGACCCAAGCCGAAUCAUGGAAUGGCUACCUUACAUUCAUCCAGCAAGAAACGAGAAAGAACAAAACGUGGAGGUGUACAGCAAAGAUGGACAGAUAUAUUACCGGACAAUACGAACGAUAUUGCCAAAGGAGGAAAUAUUGGCUUGGUACAGCAGAGACUUUGCACUUAUGUUGGGAAUUCCUGAGGUUCAGCCGUCUUACAGAAGAGAAAAUGGCUGUCUCUGCUGCCCAAUGUGCGAGAGUCGAUUCCGACACCCCUACAGUCUACGGUCGCAUAUGCGAUUUAAGUGUGAAUAUCGAAGGAAGAUACCUAGUGCUCACCAAGUUAACGUUUCAAAGUCAAACCAUAUUUCACUAGGACACAGUUAUGACUAUAUCAAAAAUAACAUACAUUCACCCGUAGCUCUUAUCGGCUCAAAACCACGUCUUUCUACAUUCGAGACAGGGAUUGGUUUAUCUUUAGAUAAAUCGAAAAACAGCAUUAUGUCAAAACAUGAACAACUUCUAAGAUCACCCCUCAACGUAUCGGCGCUUGUUCCACAGAAACGGAAGUACGAUGGAGGUGAUGGGGGAACGUCACCAAAACAUAGACUUGUGGAAGACCAGGCGAUAGAUCUUCAUUUGGAAAGGGUUAAUUCCGAUGCAAAAGACUAUAAAAAUCAUAAGGCAGUCACGUCAACGUUUAACCACGUGGAAGAAGAGGGUGGAAGUGCUUUCAGGAAAGUUGAAAAAUCACACUCGCCGAAAUCGUCGCCAACCUCUUUGACGUCGCCGCCGAUCCCGCGGAGCAGUAAUGGUGUAAUGUUUCCAGCAACAUCGUCAACCUCUCCAACCUAUUCUGCACGAUUGACCAUGAUGUCAUCGGGGCCGAGCAUUACCAAGGACGCACCAAGUAUAUUUGCCGCAUCCGCGCCAUAUUUGCCUCGUUUUCCCAUGAUGCCUGCGAACGGAUUUCAUCGCGCAAUGCUGCCACCUGGCGUGAACUAUAACGAAAAUCUACCGAUAAACUUCUCGGACAUGCAAAACACGCCACUUAAAGCAGCUGACUUCCCGCGCCCACAUGAUAAAUUAUCCGAUAUCAGAAAUUUAGAAACAGGCGCCAUGCAGACUAAAUUACCAUAUUAUGUAGACGGGCGUGUCCCGAUGGGUUUGGCAAUGCCUGUAAAAGUCACAAACCCAAUGGUAGAAAAACUUUUAACGGCACCAGCGCCCGCACUGCUCCCACCUACGACUAUGGUCAGCAUAGCUCAAAACUGGUGCGCCAAGUGUAAUGCAACUUUUAGAAUGACCAGUGACCUAGUUUACCAUAUGCGUUCCCAUCAUCACAGAGAAUUUGAUCCCAUCAAAAGAAAACGGGAAGAGAAGUUGAAAUGCACUAUUUGUAAUGAAACAUUUCGAGAACGGCAUCAUUUAACGCGACAUAUGACGUCACACUUAUGAUGGUAUUCACAGAACUAUCAGUAAGUGUAUUUAUUGAAUAACAAAAUGUAAGUAUAUCACCUGGUCGAACAUAUAUCAGCUUUAAUACCUCUUAUUUAUACCUCCAUGGCUAGACCGAAAACCCUCACCCUUAAAAGUUAGUUACAUCACCUGGUUGAUACUCCUGUAACUUCAACUGCAUCAGUGUCUCUACCAAGGCUCGUUCAUAUCACAGUAACGACAUCCCUCUACAAACGUAAUGGAAUUAGCUGCACAGGAGAUGGUGACACAUGUAUGAUGGCUUUACACGUUUGUACAGAAAAAUGUAGGCAGUAUCAGAGAAAUGUGAUUAAACUCUUACAAUAUACUUGCUCUCGAUAUACAUUUCACUUGCUGUUGAUAUCCUCUAAUGGUGUCUGCUGUCGAUUGCCGUUGAUCUUGAUCUUGUUUAUAUAAGCUGUGAGCAUCUGCUGUACAAAAGUGUUGAGCGAUCGCAGCGCCAUCUUGCAUGGAAUUAUGCUGCGCAGUGUCAUUAGUUUCUGCCUUUGAAUACGGCAUCACUAUUAAAGUACGAGACCUGUAGUAACUCGUGACUUAUUCUCCGAAUUGACAUUUUUGAUGGCAGUCACUUCCGUUUGGAUCGCAUAGAAUUGUUGUUUUUACUAGUAUCCUAUUGUUUAUGUCAACAAUAACCAUUUUUUAGAAACGCGUGUUUUAUCGAAGUCUGUGUCAGUGUCGCUGUUUACGUACGCUUGUUAUCUUGAGACUGCAUAAAAUUAGUUACGUAACAGCAAGACUUUUAUUUUUGAUGAGAGUCAUCUCCAUAGAAAAACAAAAACGACAUGUCCUUCCUUAACAUAUUUCAUAUUUUGGUCCAUCGUUGGCCAACCUCCUGGAAGGCAUAUCAAUGGCUCGUUGAAGUGAAACAACUUAAGAGUACGUUACUUCUCUUGUCCUUGGACACUAAAGAGUCUGACACCAAUAUGUGUCUGAGGACUGUCAGUGCAUUGAAAUUGCUAAAAGUCAACGACGCCAUCUCUGCGCGCUUGCUGACAACAGUAGCGAGAUCGCAAACCUUCAUGGCAACAUCACAUGACCUUCACCUCUGUGUGUGGACAGAUAUGUAAAGAUAUUGUAUAUGUAAUUGUAAAUAUUGUAUGAAAAGUUGAAUAUAAGAUAUAAUAAAAUUGUUUAUCUAAA